AUGAGUUGGUAUAAGAAAAACCUGCAAUCAUCAGAACAAGACCAAGCUCCGAAUAAUGGCUCACUGAAGGGAUCCUAUAUUCAAGUUCCAAGUUCUUCACCAAUUCAAGUGAAACCAUCACCUACAAAAUCAACAAUCGACUACAAACCACCUAGCAGAUUACAAAUGAGUAGUCCAGAGAUAGAUGCUGAAAAGCAGCGUCAGCUUGAAGCCAAAAGACAAGCCAUUCGAAACCACAAAGACUUCCCCAUGGUUCGCAAAAGAUUUUAUUAUUUGGAAGAAAGUGAUGUCUUUAAAGGCUUUGUUAAAGGAAGAGGAGUAUUACGAGAAAUCACUCAAUGGUUGACCGAGAACUACAAUAAGGAAGAUAUUCUUGGAAGAAAACAUGCCGAAGAGCAAAAACAGUUGAAGUUGAGAGCAGAAGAAAGAAAAAGGGCAGAACAAGAAAAACUUUUCCAAGAUUUAGAAAGUCGCCAAGAGACUCAGAGAAAGAUUGAAGCGGAAGAAACUAUUGAAGACGAAAAACGUGACUUUUCAGAAAAUGAAUCACCAAUGAAGAUUGUUCGUGGGAAGGCAAGAGUGAAGGCACCUACUGAUUUUACGUCUGAAACUAAGAAUUCUACUUCAUUUUCUUCAUCUUCGAUAAGAAAAACUGAAGGAGAUAGUUCAUCAACCAAUGUUAGUGUAACGAAACCAAAAGUUUCUAUUUUGGACAAAUAUAAGUACAAGCCUAAGUCACAAGGAACACUUGCACAAUCAAGACUUGAUGGACUUUUCACCAAAAAGGCAGAACCAACGUUGAAAAAAAGAAGACUUGUUCGUGCUUCAAACCUUGACGAUUCUAACGGAACUGACUCUGAAACUUCCGGUACUGCUACUCCUACGUCAGUUCCACCUUCUGUUCCAGGGUAUAUGGAUUCAAUUCCUAAAUUGAAAUUGAAAUUUCCUGAUCUGGUAGAUGAAGAGUUAGGAUUGGUAGCUCUGGAUGAACUGGAUGAGGGGAUUGUCGAAGAUGAUGACUUAGAUAGACUCGAAGAGAAAAUCAGGGAAAAUAGAAAAAUGGCAAAGGGUAAGAGAUCGUUACAGCUCGAAGAAGAUGACGAUGAUUUAGAAGAUGACAUUAUAAGUGAUGGUAUGUCUGAAGAAGAAGACGAUAACAUGUAUAACACUGGUUUAACUUCCAUUGAUUCUCAAAUUUUGGAAUUUUUAAAUAAUGCUUCAGUGCAAGAUUUGGUAGAAAUUUGUCAGGUUACACCCUCAAUUGCCGAAAUUAUUGUUUCCAAAAGACCGUUCCCAGAUAUUUAUACCGUCUCGGAAGAUAAAUUCGAGUCCGAAGACUCUUCAGCUGAUGGAGGGUCCAAAAAGAAACGUUACACCCGUAAAACGUUGGGACAAAAGAUCAUCGAAAGUACUGAAUUCAGCUUGAAGGGAUACAGGGCUGUCGAUUCAUUGAUUAAGAAGUGUUCUGAAUAUGGAGAUCUCAUUACCAAACAAAUGGAAACAUGGGGGGUUACAUUCACCAAAGGAUUAGGAGAACUUGAAAUGGUUGACAUCGAGAAUCCUACUGAUGCAGUAGUUGAAAUCAAAGACAACGAGGACGAAGAUAAUGAAGAAGAUGAUGAUGAUGACGAUGAGGACAUCAAGAUAAUCAGCACAAGAGAGAAGAAGUUGGCAUAUGUAGCUGAAAAGCCAACAAUGCUCGGAGAGGAUGUUAUUCUUAAGAACUAUCAACAAGUUGGGAUUAAUUGGCUUAAUUUGUUAUACCAGAAUAAACUUUCAUGUAUUUUGGCUGACGAAAUGGGAUUGGGUAAGACCUGUCAGGUUAUUGCUUUUAUGGCUUUACUUAAAGAAUCAUCACCAUCAGUCGGCCCACAUUUAGUUGUCGUGCCAUCAUCGACUCUUGAAAAUUGGCUUAGAGAAUUCCAAAAGUUUUGUCCUGGUAUAAAAGUACAAGCUUAUUAUGGAUCCCAGAAGGAAAGAGAAGAACUUCGUUACGAAUUACAAGAUGAGGAGUACGAUGUUUUGGUCACCACCUAUACUAUUGCUACUGGCGGUGCAGCUGAUUUCAAGUAUUUAAGACAUCAACCUUUUGAUAUGAUUGUUUACGAUGAAGGGCAUAUGUUGAAGAAUUCUUCUUCUGAUAGAUACACAAAGCUUAUGAGAUUGAAGGCAAGAUUCAGAUUACUCUUAACUGGUACACCAUUACAGAAUAAUUUGAAAGAACUUGUAUCGUUAUUAUCAUUUAUGUUACCUGGCUUAUUCAGUGACAAACGUGAAGACUUACAUGGUCUUUUCAAUCAAAAGGCAAGUACCAAUGACUCCCAUAAAGAUUACAAUCCAUUACUUUCGCAACAGGCAAUUAAUAAGGCGAAGACUAUGAUGACACCAUUUGUUUUGAGACGUAAGAAGGAUCAAGUAUUAAAACAUUUACCAGCCAAAACUCAUGUGGUUGAAUAUUGUAAAUUAACUAAACCUCAAAAGGAAUUAUAUACUGAACAUUUGGAGAGAGCUAGAGAAAAUAGAGCGGAGCGUGAAAGAAGAAAAUUAUUACCAAUUAAGGAGCUCGCGGUCUUAAACAGAACUGAUCCAAUGCCAACAUCAACAAAUGUCAUGAUGUCAUUGAGAAAGGCUUCGAUGCAUCCAUUGUUAUUUAGAAAGCAAUAUGAUGACGAGGUUAUCACAAAGAUGGCAAAGGCAAUUAUGGAGGAACCUGAAUAUGUGGAGGCAAAUCAAGAGUAUAUCAGAGAAGAUAUGACUAUAAUGUCUGAUUAUGAAUUGAAUAGUUUGUGUAAGAAAUUCCCCAAGACAUUAAGUUCAUUCCAAUUAGAUAAAUCUGCUUGGUUUGAAAGUGGGAAAGUACAAAAGACUGUUGAGAUUGUCAACAAAAUUAUUAAGGAAGGGAAUAAGGUUUUAAUUUUCUCCUUGUUCACCCAAAUGUUGGAUAUUCUUGAAACAGUUCUUUCUUAUGAAAAAAUCAAGUUUUUACGUCUUGAUGGAUCAACUACUGUUGAAACUCGUCAAGAUAUUAUUGAUCAAUUUUACGAUGAUGAAACCAUUCCAGUAUUCCUUCUUUCCACCAAAGCUGGUGGGUUUGGGAUUAAUUUGGUUGUUGCUAACAAUGUCAUUAUGUACGAUCAAUCAUUCAAUCCUCAUGAUGAUAGACAAGCCGAAGAUAGAGCACAUCGUGUUGGACAAGAAAAGGAGGUGAAGGUUACAAAAUUGAUUACAGAAGGAACCAUUGAAGAGAAUGUUUUCCAAUUAGCACAAAAUAAAUUGGCAUUAGAUCAAUCUAUCAGUGCCGAUGGUUCGAAUGAAAAGCAAUACGAAGAGAAGGCCGCUUCUCUCUUUGAAAAAAUCUUGUUUAGUGAUUUCCAAGGUUAA